AACCGCAGUGAAAAUAGCAAAAUAUCUAUCGACUUGUCUAAGGCCGUUGAAAUGUCGACGACAGUCUCCCACGAAUCGCAAAGAGAACAACAAGACGGAGCCCUAGGCUACCCUGAAGGAGGCCCAAGGGCAUGGGGCGUUGUUUUUGGAUCCUGCUGUGUUAGUUUUUCUGUCUUUGGAAUUAUCAACACAUCCGCUGUCUUCGAGUCAUACUUCACAGAACAUCAACUCAAAGGAGAGAGCCCAUCUCGUCUGGCUUGGAUAUUCUCCGUUUACUUGUUCUUAAUCUACUUCAUUGGCCUCUUAGUGGGCCCCGUCUUUGACCACCAUGGACACCGAAUUUUGAUUCUUACAGCUAGCAUUUUAGCAGUUGUGAGCCCGUUUAUAUUAAGCUUUUGCUCCGAGUAUUACCAGAUAUUCCUCACCUUUGCAGUCCUUAGUGGCAUGGGGGGUUCUCUCAUGAGUACGCCAUCGAUUGCUGCUGUUGGUCAUUGGUUUUGCAAGCGUCGUGGCCUUGCGGUCGGUAUUGCAACCUCUGCUGGAGGCAUUGGAGGCAUCAUCUUCCCAUUGAUGCUGAGAGUUACGCUGGACAGAUACGGCUUUGCUUGGAGUAUGCGGAUCCUAGGGUUCAUUCUGCUUCUACUUGGGUUGCCUCCUAACUUACUGAUCCGCACCCGCCUACCAAGGAGUGAAAAGUUUACGUCUGUAUGGCCAGACAUAAGUGUUUUCCUGGACUCAAAGUUCGCGCUGUGUUGCUGUGGCAUCUUUUUCAUGGAGUAUGGGGUAUUAAUCCCACUUACGUAUAUAGUCUCAUACGCGUCGACGCGCGGGCACAACGCCACGCAGGCCUAUGUGCUUCCUGCUCUACUCAACGCAGGCAGUGUAGUGGGUAGAGUUAUUCCCGGUCUUGUAUCAGAUCGCCUGGGUCGCUUCAACACGAUGAUCAUAACCGUCGGAGGCUGUGCCGUCGCUGUAUUAGCAUUGUGGCUACCAAACGGAAACUCAGAACCAAUGCUGAUCUCCUUCGCUAUUAUACUUGGCUUCGUGAGCGGAGGUAACGUCAGCCUGACGCCAGUAUGCAUUGGUCAGCUUUGCGACUCUCGGGAUUAUGGCCGUUAUUUAUCUGGAGCUAUGUUAGUGGCGGGAUUUGGGACUCUAACCGGCAUACCCAUUGGCGGAGCAAUCCUAGGGAACCAAAGUUCCAAGGAAUGGUUGGGUUUGAUCCUUUUCUCAAGCCUUUCCUAUGUAGUUUCCGUUUGCUGCUUUAUCGCAGCUCGGGUGCUAGCUGUGGGAUGGAGCCUAAGAGUAGUCUACUAGACACUGUUGCAAUGGUUCAUGUGUGGUAGCUAUGACAAUCGAAUUUACCCG